AAACUGAAAGACUUUUCAUGAUGUUAAGGUGUUACUGCAAUAUUCUUAUAUUAUGAUAAUCUUUACUGUCAAAUUGGUUAAGCUCUUGUUUGCACUUUCGUCAUGGGUUUGAGUCUAUUCCUCCAACCAUUUCUUUCCUCUGUAAAUCAUAUUACUGUCCUCUGGGUUGGCAUGUGCAUCAUGGUUUUGUUGCAUCAAUCCAAUUCUGCCUCCGCCGGGCUAAGUGGAAAUGACACAGACAAGUUAGCUUUGGUUUCCAUCAAGGCCCGAAUAACUCAGGACCCUACAAACAUCACUAGCUCAUGGAACAAUUCUCACCACUUUUGCCGCUGGAAUGGGGUCUUAUGUGGCCGCCGCCAUGGGCGAGUCACCGGGUUGGUUAUGGACUCCUUGAACUUGGCCGGUGCCAUAUCUCCUUCCAUUGGAAACCUUAGUUUCCUCCGAACUGUUAGACUCUCAAACAACAGUUUUCGAGGUGAAAUUCCUGGUGAAAUGGGUUGGUUAUUCAAGCUGCAAAUACUGAACUUGAGCAAUAAUUUGUUGGAAGGACAAAUUCCAGUGAAUCUCUCUCGCUGCAGUAACUUGAGGAGCCUUGGAUUAUAUGGGAACAAGCUCAAUGGAAAUCUUCCGGAGGAGCUUGGUUCGUUGUCCAAAUUGGUGCAACUAGUUAUCGGCUCCAACAAUUUAACAGGAGCAAUCCCACCUUCUUUUGGGAAUCUCUCCUCUCUAGAAGUUUUCUCAGGACAAGAGAAUAAGUUGGAGGGAAGUAUUCCUUACUCACUUGGCAGUCUGAAGAACUUAACACAAUUUUCAUUCUCCUCAAAUAAUCUAUCAGGUGUGAUUCCUUCAUCUUUCUAUAAUCUUUCUUCAUUGGAAGUUUUUGCGGCACCCCAAAAUCAACUUGAAGGAAGUCUUCCACAAAAUUUGAGCCUUACUUUGCCCAAUAUCAAAGUGCUUAACGUUUGGCGAAACCAGUUAAGUGGAUCCAUUCCGGUUUCCAUAUCAAAUUCUUCAAAGUUUGAAGUAAUCAUCUUAGCACAGAACCAACUUUCUCCCGGAGUGCCUGUUAAUUUUGGAAGCCUAAAGAAUCUUUGGUAUCUUAAUUUAGCUGAGAGCGGUCUAGGUACUGGUGGUGACGAUGACCUUAAUUUCAUCUUCACUUUGACCAACUGUAGCAAAUUGAGAAAUUUCAACAUAGACAGCAACAAUUUUGGAGGUGCUUUGCCGAACUCCUUGGCCAACCUCUCAACCCAACUUCAGGGACUAUCAGUUGCAGGAAAUAGGAUAUACGGCAAUAUUCCAGCAAACAUUGGAAAUCUCGUGGGCUUAAGUUCUUUAGAUUUGCACUUGAACCAAUUGACAGGGAGUGUUCCGGCCUCUAUUGGUAGACUUCAUAAAAUUCAAGAAAUGGGGUUUGGUAAAAACAAUUUGUCUGGGGAAAUCCCUUCCUCCAUUGGGAAUUUAUCACUUUUGAACCAACUCUGGUUAGAAGAAAAUGAUUUUCAGGGAAAUAUACCUUCAAGUCUUGGAAAUUGCAAGGAUUUGUUAGGACUAAAUCUUUAUGGCAAUAAUCUUAGUGGCAGCAUUCCCCGAGAAAUAUUAGGUCUUUCAUCUUUGUCAGUAUCUCUGGACUUGUCUCGAAACAAUCUAAGCGGCCCUCUACCUCAGGAAGUGGGUGACUUGAGAAAUCUUGGUGAGCUAAAUCUUUCGCAUAACAAGUUAUCUGGUAAAAUUCCUAGCAGCCUUGGUAGUUGCAUUAGCCUGCAAUACCUCUAUUUGGACAACAAUUUAUUUACAGGAUCCAUUCCCCAAUCUUUGGAGUCUCUCAAGGCCAUUGAUGAAUUAGAUCUCUCGCAUAAUAACCUCUCCGGAAAGAUUCCAAGGUAUUUUGGAAACUUUAAAUUGUUGAGGAAUUUGAACCUUUCUUUCAAUAACCUAGAGGGAGAGAUACCGUCGCAAGGAGUGUUCCAAAAUGCAAGUGCAAUUUCAGUCUCUGGAAAUAACAAGCUCUGUGGGGGUAUACCUGCAUUACAGCUCCAAGCAUGUGCUUCUGGAAAAGAAAGAAAGAAUAAAAUGUCUCUCAGUCCACCCUUAAUCGCUGUCAUAACAUGUGGGUUUUUGAGUAUAAUUUUGGCAUCAAAUGUCAUAAUCCUUUGUCUGCUUAGAAAGAUGAGACAACUGCCUUCUGUGGCAUCUUCUAUACUGGGUUCACAGAGGAAUGUUUCAUAUGGAAUGCUCCUCAAAGCAACGAACGGCUUCUCUCCGGAAAACUUAAUUGGUUCAGGAAGCUUUGGUUCAGUAUACAAAGGAAUUCUUCAUCCAAGCAAUCAGAAAGCUAUUGCAGUGAAAGUACUCCACCAAGAUAUUAAAGGAGCUUCAAAGAGUUUUAUGACUGAAUGCAAAGCUUUGAAAAACAUCCGGCACAGAAACCUCGUCAAAAUCAUAAGUGCUUGUGCAAGUAUUGAUUUCCGAGGUAAUGACUUCAAGGCCCUUAUUUAUGAGUACAUGGACAAUGGGAGUCUUGAAAGUUGGUUGCAUCCUGUUUUUCGGCAAACUGGUGUUGCUGAUAAGCAGCCUAGAAGUUUGAAUCUCCUUCAGCGAUUGGGCAUAGCUAUUGAUGUGGCUUCUGCUUUGGAUUAUCUUCACAAUCAUUGUCACAUACCAAUUAUACAUUGUGAUAUCAAGCCAAGCAAUGUUCUUCUUGACAGUGACAUGACUGCCCACUUGGGUGAUUUUGGAUUAGCAAGGUUCCUGCAUCUGAAUAGUGAACUUUCUCAGAGCCAAACCAACUCUGUUGGUUUAAUAGGGACUAUUGGAUAUGCAGCACCAGAAUAUGGCAUGGGACGUGAUCCAUCUACCAGUGGUGAUGUAUACAGCUAUGGAAUCCUGUUGUUUGAGUUGUUCACUGGAAAAAGUCCCACAGAUGGCAUGUUUAGAGAUGGCACGAACAUUCACAGAUAUUCCAAGAUGGCUUUGCCAGAAAGAGUGAUGGAGAUUGUUGAUCACAAACUUUUAGAAAACGAGGAAGGCGCCGGCCAAAGUUCUUGGACAGAAACAGAAAGGGGAAAAAUACAUGAUUGUUUGAUUCUGAUACUCAAAAUCGGAGUUGAGUGUUCUGAGGAAUCACCAGCAGAACGAGUAACCAUUGUUGACGCGGCUAGGGAAUUGCAUUUGAUCAAGGAGAUGCUGGUUGAUAGAAGGACUAGAGAAUAAACGGGUGACUAAGGGCAUUUGGAACCAUGUCGAACAAGUUCCUUCAAUAUCUCCACUAGGAUCAUCACCACAAAAACAAGUGAAGCCCAAAGUAUAUCUUCUAUUCUAGUAGUGGACGAGUUCGACUUGUUCCUCUCAUGCAGCGAUCUUGGUAAGGGGCUUUUUUUCCUCUGUUCUUAUCGCAUACACCGAUUACUUGUAACCUGUAAAUGUUGAAAGUUGCAAAACUCUGAUUGGAAUCUCUAUUUUCUAUGUUCUGUUUUUAUUUUCCUAUAUUGUGUGUAAUCUAUGUUUGAGAAUUUCAUGGCUUAAACUUAACUGUUAGUUCAGUUAUGCUUUCAAUUUAGCCUUUUGAUGUUUGGCUUU